UACUACUCCGGUACUCGAUACACACGUCAUACCGUGUACACACGACUCGUUGGUGAUGAUUUGUAUUUCUUAUCAAUAACUUAUCAUCGAGUGUCGACGAGGUUGACGUAAACAAAUACAAGUUACAACUACCUCCUAUACAAAACCCAAGACGUGUACUGUUGUUGUACACUUGUACUGGUGGUGUUUGACUACAUUUUGUUUUCGUGGCAAAUUAGGUAACUGGUAACAGUAAACGACAGUCUGUUUGUUGUAGUUAGUGUAAAUUCUGUCAUCUUUCUUCCCUCGAACAGUAAUAUCAUUUUCCCUGGACUGUUGACGUCUUAACUGCCUCUGAAGAGUCAAAAAAAAUUCAAAAAUGAGGAACUCACGUACCAACAAGCCAAAGGAGACCAACAAACAGAAGAAGGAAAGGAAGAAGGAAUUCUUGGAAAACAAAAAAAAUGUCGUCUCUGUCGUGUUGCCCACUCUGGCCGUCAUAUUUGCUCUCAUCACGCUAUUCAUCUACUUGAAGGUGCAUCCAAAUGCAUUGAACUUCAUGGCUUCUGAGAAAUCACUUUAAACAAUGGAUCUAAUUAUUACAAUUUCAUAUCUCAUCCAUUCCCUUCCGUUGUACAAUUAAUUAUACCCCAUUUUAAGUUUCAAUGAUUUUUUUUUUAGUUUAUUGGGUUUGUGAAUAAUAAUAUGUUCUAUGCGCCCCAUAAUUGUGCGCUUACAUUUCAGAUUAAUGAUACAAACAUUAACUUUCAAACAUCAUGUUAACAUUUAAUGUAUCCUGCUGAAAUAAAUUGACAAACCACUUUAUCAUGUUAUUCAAUAAUAUUUUUGGCUACUAAAUCAAUUGUAUCUACAAAUAUUAUUAAAAAAUCAUAAAUUUAUUUUAUUUGAUAUUUGUAUUAAAAUGUACCGAACAUUGCCUUAUAUUUUAUUUUAUUAGUAAUUAAAUUCAUUAUACUUAUUCUAUUUUUGAAAUUUAAUUAUAUUUAUUUUAAGACUGUUGUUUUAUAA